UCUAUACUGAAAAAUUCCAACAUUUGAACAUGCCUAAAGAACAAGGGUCUCAAGGGUGGAUUUUCAAUGAAUUAUUACACUUGGAUAAUAUAGAUUUUUGCUUUUCAGACUAUAUACCAUCAUAUGAACGUGUCGUAUUUUUAUUGGAAACUAUACAAAAAACAUAUCUAGAUUAUUCAGAUCUUUUGAAAUCUGCAUUUAUUUCAGAGUACAAUACACAACAUAUAAUAGAUUCAUCAGAUCCAUUACACCCAAAUAAUUGUUUACUUUAUAUCUCUUCUAGCACCAAACCUGGUUAUUGGAUGCAAAGGAAUAUUGGCAUGGAUCAGAAUAUAAACUUAAGCCUUUAUCGGGAACACUUAUGCAGGUAUUUUGGAAAAACGAAACUAUCAUGUUUUUGACAA